CAAGAUCGCAACGUUUAAACCUACGAACGACGACUGUGUCACCUCCGUCGGCCACACCCACUCCCCUAGAGGUGAAUAGAACUUCAUAUUCACCUCUGACGAAAACAACCAAAAUAUCUGGCAAAUACACCACAAAUCGAACCGAAGAAGUUACGGGCUGAUCCUGGACAACCAACCUCUCUGCCUCGCGCGCCCUCACAAUGUCACAAUACUACGGCGCACCGCCGAACCAGGGCUACGCUCCGACCGGUGCCCAGAACCUUCAGUUCUAUUCAUCAAACUACGCACAACCAGUCUCGGGCCAUGCGACUCCAUCACAAGCAUCCUACGGCUAUGGCGGGCCCUCUGCGGGCGCCUACGGUGCUUCCGCCUCUUUCGCUUCGGGGUUCGGCGAUGCCUCGGACGUGUCCGGUCGCAUGGGCGAGCAGGGCGGUCUUCGAACCGGCUGGCUAGCCGCUUUCUCAACAGAGGGCUACCCUGGCGAGCCACCGUUGCUAGAAGAGCUCGGUGUGAACGUGGGACACAUUGGUGCCAAGACCCUCGCCGUCCUCAACCCUUUUAGCCGCAUCGACCAGCACCUCAUGGACGACAGCGACCUCGCCGGCCCGCUCUUCUUCUUCCUCCUCUACGGCACCUUCCUCCUGCUCUCCGGGCGCGUCCACUUUGGUUACAUCUACGGCCUCGCCGUCUUCGGCUCCGUCCUCCUCCACGGAAUCCUCUCCCUCAUGGCCCCCUCCGCCCAGAGCCAACAGGCGCACGACCCCGCCGCCGCCGCAGCUUACCCGGGCGCCGAACCGGUAACCGCCAUGGGCGGCGCCGCCCAGCCCGCCGCGACGGGGAGCAACCUGACCUUUGCCCGCUCCGCCUCCGUCCUGGGCUACUGCCUCCUGCCUCUGGUCGCCACCAGCCUGGUGGGCAUCUUCCUGCCCAUGGACAAGCCCGCGGGCAUCACGCUCUCCAGCGCCGCCAUCAUGUGGUGUACCUGGAGCGCGAGCGGCAUCUUCUGCGCCGUCGGCGGCAUGCGCGGCAUGCGCGCCCUUGUGGCCUAUCCGCUGGCGCUCUUCUACGUCGGGUUCGGUAUCAUCGCCGUGUUUAGCAGCCGGGGAAGCGGGUCGUUUGCCAAGGUCGCUGGUGGUUCGGGGGCGGUUUGAUGCGGAGGAGAGGAAGUGACGAAGAAAAGAAGAUGGUUCGAUCAUCAGGGGUUUGGCUGUCGGUGGCCGGGAAGGGGAAGGGGAAGGGGGGAAGGCCGUCGGUUGUUAGGCGUGUGUAUCAGUGCAUGUAUGUACCUUUGCGCUUUCGCGCAGGAUCAAUGAGCGACAGGGUUGUCUCCUGGGAUGAUAUAAUGAUAGAGGGGAAAAGAAAAAGACGUCAAGAUAAUGAACGUUCCGGCUACGUUUUGUAGGUCAGUCCUACCUUCGAAAUACAUUAGGGACAACAAUGAUACAGGACGGGAUAAUGAAG